CAGGAAAUUCCAAUAAAGGAAACUCAAUAAGAAAUGAAGCAAAUCGUCAGUGUAGAUUCAACUUCAUCACGUGUUGUUUAUGCACUAAUGCCUAAGGACAUGUGACUGUAGCAGCGACAGGGGUGAACAUAGCAACACGAAAUGACAGAGUAGAGAUACCAAUCUGGGCAAUGAGAGAUUCAAAGAUCCAAAGAUCUAAUAAGAUUCAAAGCCUCCACAGGUAACGGUUCUACCUCCAAUUGGGUACAUACAUCAUGUCACUCAUCACCAAAAGCCUCUGGAGGGUUGGACCGCUGCCAAAACCUUUAGCCUCAGUUGUCCACUUUCAACAAUCCAGAAAUCUAUUGUACCACCAGCAGUCACGAGAUAUUUCUACAAUUCCAAGAGGAAAACCUAUACAUGUUGCUGGUGCACAUCGUUUACAGACGUUGAUUGCCAAUGGUAUCGUUCAGUCUGCAAAAAAUCCACUCAGGAAUCCAGUAACCUUGAUGGUACCAAACAACGAUUAUAUUCGGCAGUAUGUGGAAACCGACGGCAAGAUUCAAAUGAUCAAAGAUGGUAUUGCUACUACCAUGGUAGGAGCUGUGGAUAUGGAAGUUCUUCCUUUUUCAAUGGAAUACUCUGUUCCUGAUGAAACAUUCGCUCCUGCCAAGAACUUGAGGUACAAACGUUUAUUGAUGGAUACUGCUCCGAAUGAAGAUGGUCUCUUGGCUGAUGCCGUCUCCUCGCUACUUGACAAUGCUCUGCAACCUCUUGACCUGAAGAAAAAAGCACACAAAGCGGCGCGAUUGCCAAUCUCGGACAUGAAGGUCUGCGAUUUAUCUUAUUUUCUUGAAUUGAACGCAGCAUUUUGUGAACAAGGAAAGGCAAAACCUGUGGAAAGGGAAGAUAUCAUAGAGAUCCGAGCAGCACCAAAAGAUUCGGACCUCAAAGUUGUGCCUGUAACUCACGUGGCUAAAAUCAAUACUGACCCUAUUGAUUAUUUGAUCUACGGCGAACGACCUAGAGAUCUAAUUAAAUUUUUCAAGAACAUCAAACACAGACUACAUCCUUCUUCUGUGGUGGUGAUAGUAGGAAACAACCCUGGUCUGGUUCAGGAUCUCUACGACCAAGUGUUUCCAGAUAUAUCAAAACGACCAAAUUUCGUUGAAUGCAUCAAUGCCACGCACAUGGGAGAAACUUCAAUUACAGGAACUUGGGACUCGGUCCGUUCCGUCCCGAUAGUCAAAGGAAAACUCCUUCUAGGGCCACUCGCACGAACUUAUGACGAUGGUAUGACUCCAGGCGAGGUGGAAAAGAGAGAGCAGGAAGUGGAGUGCCUUGUUAACAGGGUAAUGGAUGCUCCCCUAUUUGGCGCAGAACGAAUCGAUAGACGUGGUUUAGAGAGAUAUAAACUCAAGAAGCUAGUUGCGCGGGCUGUCAUUUACCCUCUCACCGUUGCGUUCAAUUGCAUGAUGGGCGAGAUUUUUUCAACUGAGGAGCGGGUUACAGAAGCCAGACUGUUAUUCGACGAAGCUUGUGCAGUGAUCCAAUCUAUCGAUGAAACAUUGACUCGUCGAAUUCUCUUGGACAACUUAUUAUGGGCAGUAGUCAGACAACCGAAUAUACGUCCUAUCAUGUUGAAGUGUGUCGAGCUCGGCUUUGACACGAAUCUUGAUUUAGAUAAUGGUUGGAUCAUAAAAAAUGCUCCAAAUGGUACGACUCCGACGCAUACUAAGUACAGCAGAAUUGUCAAGGAGAGAGCUAGGGAAUCAGCAAAAGCCAUUGCAGCCGAUAAAGAAGAGGCUGCAAAAGCAGAAGCGCGACUUAAGAUGGCAAGAGAGAUGAUCGCAAGGAGAAUGAAAGAGAACGAUACCGAGGAAGUAGUCAAAAGAGGCUUCAAAAGAUUUGCCUUUGGACAAAAGAUCGAAGCUCCAUUAAACGUUCCGGAUAAAACAUAUUACAGAACUAGAAGUCCUCUGGAAGCUUCUGGUAUGUGGGAAAAGCUAGAAGCUCCUCUUAAUGAUCAAGUCAAGGGGGGAAAUGAGUGAUUCGCUUGUUCAUGUUAAGGGAAGUGGAGAUGCAGUCGUACAGAAAAUUAGCGAGUAGAGCGUGGAAGAAGAAAAUGAAGGGGCCAAUGAAAAAGCACGAGUGUAGAAUCUUCAAAAUUACCGAGGUGGAAAUGACACAAUAGAUAGAUGGACGACACGUUGUGAUUUGCACAAGGAACGGGUGUGGGUAACGGAAAUGAUGAUUGAGGGACCCUGAGUAUCUUUUCUCGCCUGGAGAUCUUGUGUCGAUGCGUGGAAAUGGCGGCUGAAACCUCUCUUGACAAUACUCGAAGAAGAUUGAGAAAUGUCUCCUAGUGUUGAAAGAGCCAUGAACAUGGCUAUGAAUAAUGAAUCUAGAUUUGGUUCGCCAAUUUUUUUUGCAGGACAUGGUCUAUUCACGAGUCAGAGCAUUUGACUCUAUUUCCGUCGUCCUAUCCCUCUUCAAAUUAACCACUAUGUGCCAAUUCCGAUGUAUCUUCCCCCCGAUGCAAAUAACAAAACCUCAUUUCAGACGAGU